CCCAGCGCCUCGUUGCGGCAGCUAAGAGAACCCGGUGAUGGAAUUGCGGGCAUUGCAGCUGAUUCUUUACGAAUCAACGGAGGAAUGCGACCCUUCAAACAGCUGCGGAAACCGGUGUCGACGCUCUCGAUCCCCGGCGCUAUGAAGGCAUACUCCGGGAGGGACGCGGCGGCUGAGGAGGCCGGAGUAGCGCUCGUCGGAGUGCACAGCGAGUACCCGAGGUUCGGCGAGGAGAGGGCGCUCGGCGGUGGAACGUACAAGGGAGGGGGGACAGCCAAGCACAAACCUAAUAUAGGAUAUAGAUUAGGUAGAAGAAAGGCGUUAUUUGAAAAAAGAAAACGAAUAAGUGACUACGCGCUAGUUAUGGGAAUGUUUGGUAUUAUUGUCAUGGUUUUAGAAAACGAACUAUCUAGUGCCGGAGUAUACACAAAGGCUUCAAUAUAUUCACAAGCGCUGAAAACGCUAAUAUCAAUGUCAACUGUGAUUUUACUUGGCCUAAUCGUGGCUUAUCACGCUUUAGAAGUACAGUUAUUUAUGAUAGACAACUGCGCCGAUGAUUGGCGGAUAGCGAUGACAUGGCAGAGGAUAGCGCAGAUUGCCCUCGAGCUAGCCAUUUGCGCGGUCCAUCCUAUCCCAGGGCAGUACACCUUUACUUGGACCACAAAGUUGGCAAACAAAGGAGGUGUUAUAGGGGUGGAAGUAGUUCCGUACGACGUAACUUUGUCCCUUCCAAUGUUCUUUCGUCUGUAUUUAAUAUGCAGGGUUAUGCUAUUACAUAGCAAGCUGUUUACAGAUGCCUCUUCAAGAAGUAUAGGAGCUUUGAACAGAAUUAAUUUUAAUACUAGAUUCGUAUUAAAAACCCUUAUGACUAUAUGUCCUGGCACCGUAUUACUUGUUUUUAUGGUAUCACUCUGGAUAAUCGCUAGUUGGACAUUGAGACAGUGUGAAAGGUUCCACGAUGAAGACCAUGCCAAUUUGCUAAACUCAAUGUGGCUGACAGCUAUAACCUUCCUCUGUGUUGGCUACGGUGAUAUAGUUCCAAACACUUACUGCGGCCGUGGCAUUACUCUCACCUGCGGUAUGGUGGGAGCUGGAUGCACUGCGUUAUUAGUCGCGGUUGUUUCAAGAAAAUUAGAAUUAACUAGAGCUGAGAAGCACGUUCAUAACUUCAUGAUGGACACACAACUUACUAAAAGACUGAAAAAUGCUGCAGCCAAUGUUCUUAGAGAAACUUGGUUAAUAUACAAACACACGAGACUCGUGAAAAGAGUUCACCCGGGACGUGUCAGAACACAUCAACGAAAAUUCUUAUUAGCUAUAUAUGCAUUGCGUAAAGUUAAAAUGGAUCAAAGAAAAUUAAUGGACAAUGCAAACACGAUAACAGAUAUGGCAAAGACUCAAAACACUGUGUACGAGAUAGUAUCGGAUAUGAGCACAAGACAGGACACUAUCGAGGAGAGGCUAACUAGCUUAGAAGAAAAAUUGUCAAAUUUACAAGACCAAGUAAACAAUUUACCAGAUAUAAUGGCACGGUGUCUACAGCAAUGUUGGGAGCGAGCUGAACAGAGAAAAAACUUCCUACAUCCAGACACUGCGGCCGUCCCUACUCCACCGGCAUCUUCUAUAUCACCUUAUUCUAGAACAUUAGCAACUUCUACGCAUCCGUGGCCGCAAAGUCCAGUCCUGCAACCAGCAGCGCGGACGCACUCGGCCCCUGAGAGCACCAGUUCUCCCACUCCCGCUCCUCAAAUUUCGAGCCCAGCUCCACAUUCUUCACGGCCGCCUCUACCCAGCUGAGUACCGCCUUCCAACUCCGAACUCCUGUGCUGAACUCGACGAAACUCGGCGCCCGUCCUCUGACCCCCCUAUCACAACUACGCCCCAAUGAGGCCAUCGGGGAAAUUGUUUCACGAUAAAUUUUGAAUAUUACACAAUAAUAAAUUAUUAUACUUAUUUGUUUCUGUUAGUAUUAUGUGCCACAGUUGUUAAACUCUGAUGAUGGUGUUCAAGUAUCAAGUAUGUAUUAAUAGACUGGUGUGUUAGUGAAAUAAUUAUCCCGGUUCGCCGACGGACCAUGCUGCGGAGCGAGACAAGGUCAGCCGUAGUUUUUUUCGCUGUUCCCCAAAAGUUUCGGAUGUGUCAGACUGUUUUAGUGAUAUCGUUUAGGUAGUGAAUGAAAUUAGGCAGAAAGGACAUGCUGUUCUGGUUAUACAAAAUGCUUUAUUGAUAGACGCUUUAGCCAAUACGUUAGACGAUAUUUUGAAUACAUUAUCAGCAUUUGUAUUAUUAUAUUACU